GUCGUUGUCUGUUGCUGCUGAGGCAAAAAGAGGAGCAGUCGCUGAUAGUUGGGUCCAUGACGAGUUAUAUUUUAGAUGCAGCAACACAAUGUCCUCUGAUGUGGAGACUGAAGAAAGGGAUUCCCCAGCAGUGGGCUCAGUGAUGCUGGAGGAGGACCUGGACCGGAUUUCUGGGAGUAUUCUAAGAUUGACAUUGGAAAUCAUCUACACUGUCACUGGUGAGGACUAUGUUAUUGUGAAGAGGAAAGAAAGUGACCCCACCUCUCCAGACUCCAGCAGGUUGCUGAAGGACCCCUUAAUGGUUUCGUCACCUCAUUCCCGGCUGCAUGAGCAGAAGAUUCUGCAACUCACCAACAAGAUCAUUCAGUUACUGACUGGAGAAUUGUCUGGUGACUUAACUACCAAGCUGGAACAUCUGGAAAGACACAGACGUCAGAGAUGUUCCUCACCUUGCCUAAAAUUACGUGGUAAGAGGAACAUCCACUGCACGGAGAUAGAGGAAGAUGAGGGCAGUUAUGGGGAGAAGUUUUCAGACAAAAAUAUCCAGACUGUAGCUCUUAAAAAGGAACAGUUGGUGUCCAAUGAGGACAAAAGCUGCACAAACACUUCCAUGCCAGCUGAAAAUACACAGUACAUAACCACGGGCAUUAAGGAAGAGGUGGUAUCUGACAAGGAAGGAAUUCUCACAGAUGCAUCCACUCCAACAGACAACUCCCCCAUAGAUUAUAUAAUCACUUAUGUUAAAGAGGAGGAAGAAUCAUGUGACGAGGGAAAUCUAACAGACACGGAUAUCUACUCUCCCAGAGAGUAUUCCUCCAUCUGUAAAAGAGCUGGUGAGAAGAACAUGACAGUCAUGUAUACGGGACCAGAAAAAAAAGCUGUCAAAGUGGCCUCAACGUCUCACCACCAAUUUCUCGAAGACACAGAAUUGAUGCACAGCUUCUCCGAGUGUGAGAAAUGCUUCACUUGUAACAGACAUCAAAGGAUCCAGAUCCGAGAUAAGCCAUUUGCUUGCUCAACAUGUGGAAAGUUCUUCACAACAAACUCAAAUCUUGUGGCCCACCAACGAAUCCAUACAGGCGAGAAACCGUUUUCCUGCUCUGAGUGUGGCAAAUGUUUUACCAGCAGCUCUGAUCUUGUGAAGCAUAAGAUUAUUCACACUGGAGAGAAGCCGUUCCCCUGUUCAUUGUGUGGCAAAUGUUUCACAAACAAGUCCAACCUUAUCAAACACCAGAGGAUCCAUACUGGAGAACGGCCAUAUUCCUGUCCUGAGUGUGGCAAGCGCUUCACCAGUACUUCACACCUUGUGACGCAUCGUCGGACACACACUGGUGAGAAGCCAUACCCCUGUACGGGCUGUGGGAAAUUCUUCAGCAAUAAAUCUCAUCUAUUAGAGCAUCAGAGAAUCCACACUGGAGAGAAGCCGUUUAAGUGUCCCGAAUGUGGAAAAUCUUUCACACAGAAGAGCAACUUGAAUAAUCACUUGAGAAUUCAUAGCCGGGCGAAAAAUAUUACGUAUCACUAAAGAAUUUAAUGUGUACUGAUGUUUAAAAGGGUAUUUUACUCUCAGACGUUUAUGGGAUAAACAAAGGAUAUGUCAUAGAUGGGGGUCCUGCUGUUCUGGUUCUGUAACUCCCAUUCACUUCUAUGCGAGUUAUGGAAAGAGCUAAGCUCACUGCUGUGUGGCUACCUUGUCAGCCUGGAGAGAAGGCCAGCAGAACAGGA